AUGGAUUCAUACGCUGGUCUUUACGAAAAGGGCCAGGAGAAGGCAAUCCAGCUCCUUCCAGCAGCAGGUGGACCCAUUGACAAUGCUGCGUCCGGCCUGUCAGGCAUUGCAUUUGAGGCUGUUAGUUCCAACCCAUCAGAUGUUCCCAAGCCGACUUCCCCAGAAACGGAGCAUCCCACUCCCGUCCCUUCUCCCCCCACACAAGCCAACAAGGACCGUGACAUGCUUCUCGAAACUCGACCCAUUGCCCGUGUCGGUUACAAUAAGUCGGGCAAAGAAAUCGAUGUGACCAUGAACACCUAUCCGAUCGAAAAAUACCCCACCAGAAAUGUCUACCAGUACGAGGUCAAUGUGGUUUCUAAGCUCGAAACAACGAAGCCAGGCAUUGAACAGGAUCGCCGCGUUCUCCGGCGAAGCUUCAACUGUGACACCCGUAAGAACAGCCUUCCUGACGCCAUCUACGAUGGAGCAAGAACCGCUUGGUCUUCCAUUUACCUCCCAGAGGGUGUUCAUGAAAGAUUCAAAUACACUGGUGGUCUGACCCGAGCUGCUGGUACCAAGACGGAUCUCUAUGGCAAAGAGGUCGUUCUCACCAUGCUGCCUCGGCGUAAGAUCAAUCUGACCGUUAUCUCCGAAUGGCUGCAGAAGAAACAUCCUCUGGAUGAGUUCGUUAUUGAGGCGUUGAAUUUCCUCGACCACUUGAUUCGAGAUUGGCCCACAAGGGAGUUCACAGCCCACAAGCGAGCAUACUUCUUCCAGAACCUCGAGGAGACCCAAUCACACAGAGAUAUUGCGCAUGAGUUCCAUUACUCGCUCGGAGGUUACUCGGGGGCCACAUGCUAUCGUGGAAUCUUUCAAAUGAUUCGACCCUGCGUCAAUGGUCUUCUUCUGAAUCUCGACACUGCUCAUGCAGUUUUUUUCUCUCGGAUCAGUCUUCUGGGCACUAUGAAGGGAAUUUGUCAAGUGAAUUCCGACAAUGAACUCACCAAAAUCCUUCGCCCCAAAAUUGAUGCUAGAAAUGCUCGACAUGCCAGUCCGGCAUUCACCAAGCUCAGCAAAAUGCUCAAGGGCCUUCGAGUCCAGCCAGACUACGAAGGAUGCCCUUUUAAGGACAAGAGCUUUAUUAUCCAAGGUCUCAUCGAUGGCGGUGCUGCUGAAUACAAUCUGAAGAUCACCGACAAGGCUACUAACAAAAUUCGGAGUUUGACGGUUCAAGAAUACUUCCUUGAGAAGUAUAACAUGACCUUGGAGCAGCCCUUCUUGGCUCUUAUCCAAAUGAGCAAAAAAGGAGUCAUUUAUCCCGCCGAAUUGCUGGUCAUCAAGAACCUCCAGCGAUGGCCAUUCAAGUUGAACGACCAGCAGACAGGUGAUAUGAUCAAGUAUACUGCGAAAAAACCCGCCCAACGUCUGGAACACAUCAAGAAAUGCAAAAAUAUUUUGAGCCAUGAAAAUGACCCAAACCUGCAACACUUCGGACUUCGGAUUGGGGAAAGCAUGAUCAAAGCCAAAGCUCGUCUGCUUCCCAACCCCGAGAUUCAAUUCGGAGGUGGUAGUAAGCUCAACCCGGGAACAACUGCUAAAUGGGAUCUUCGUGGAAAGAAGUUCUACAAGACCAAAAAGACCCCUCUCAGCUCAUGGGGAAUCGGCUACUUCACUGGGAAUCGUAACGAGAUCAACUACAAUCAGGUCCAAGACUGGCUUGCACAGUUUACAAGAAUCUACAAGCAGCACGGCGGGCUUAUCACACAAAAUCCCUUCAGCCUCCCCAUGAAGAGUGAUAUCGGCGAAGCAAUGCGUGAGCUUUACACGAGAACAAAGGAUGCAUGGAAGGCUGAGCCACAGCUUCUCAUUAUCAUUGUGCCUUCGAAAGAUGCGUUUGUCUACCUCCGGAUCAAGAAGUCUGCCGAUUGCAGAUUUGGAGUCCCUUCCCAGGUGCUGCAAUCGCAGCGCUGCAUUGACAACCGACCCCAGUAUCAUUCGAAUGUUCUCAUGAAGGUCAACGCCAAGCUCGGCGGAGUGACCAACCGUGUACUUCCGACUUCGAGUGGAUCAACCCUGAAGCCCAACUCUAUCAUCAUCGGAGGUGAUGUGACACAUCCGGCUCUUGGUGUCUGGACCCCGUCUCUGGCGGCCAUGUGCAUCUCUAAUGAUGUCAGUGGAAUCAGCUACAUGGGCGGAUGCCAGUGCAAUGGUGACAAGGUCGAGAUCAUUACCGAUGACAACGUGAUCAGUAUUCUUGGACCUCUGCUUAGAAACUGGAUCCGCACCGUGGGCAAUAAUGCAGCCCCGAAACAGAUUUACUAUUUCCGAGAUGGUGUAUCGGAGUCAGAGGUGAGCGGCGUUCUGAACAAGGAGGUUCCAGCCAUCCGCGCCGUCUUGGCCACUGCUUGCAAUAUGUCUCAUUGGCCAGGAAAGCUCUGUGUGGUUAUUGCCAACAAGCGUCACCACCUUCGUGCAUUCCCAAGCCCAACUGACCGCAAAGCCGCUGACCGCAACGGCAAUCCUCUUCCUGGAACUCUUAUCGACCGUGAAGUCACUAGUCCGCAUGGCUGGGACUUCCUUCUCUACGCUCACGCUGCUCUACAGGGAACUGCUCGGCCUGUUCAUUACAAGGUUGUCCUUGAUGAGAUUGGCCACAAACCCGAAGAGCUCGAGAACAUGAUUUAUGAGCAGAGCUACCAGUAUGUCCGUUCUACUACGCCCGUAUCGAUCCAUCCGGCUAUCUACUACUCCCACUUGAUUACUGCACGUGCUCGUCACCAUGAGGAUGUCGCAUCUUCGGCCGGUCCCCAGAGUGGUCCUAAGAUCCCUCAUGAUCGAUCAAACUAUAAGCCCGAGACACUCCCGACAAAGCUUCUCCCUAUGAAGGGAGGUGACCUGCAGUACUCGAUGUGGUGGGUUUGA